CAUGCAUCAGCUUCGUCGUUUCAGUUCCUACUCUGAUCUCAUCGCAGCAGUAAACACUCGGAUCGGUUUGAAAAGUGCGAGAACAAAUCACAGUCGGUGCAGUAAUCAGCAAGUGAUAACAAUGAGACUACCGCAAGCAACCGCAGAUACUCUUUGUCUGGUGGGUCUAUUGUUGGCACUUUGUGUCGGUUCGCUGGAAGCUGGUCGCCAUCGCAAAUGGAAAAGCAAGCGAAGCUCCGACGUCCACAUCGAGAUCUAUCACCCGAAAGGGUUGAUAGUUUGGUACCCCCAGAAGCCCGGGGUGGUCAAAUUCGGGAUCGAGAUAUUUCUGAACAAGCAAUUGAUGAUGGCGGAAGAGCCAGUCAAUUGUGAUAUCUGCCAGAACACGACCGAGGUUUCCUAUGGGAAGUUUAUUAUCGAAAACGACGAUGCGAUCAUUCGCGGAGGCGACCAUUUGAUGUAUAAUGCUAUCAAGCAGAAGGCCAACGGAUCGGCGUACAUUACGAGAAGUAAUGAGUUUUAUGUUUCUGAAAGCCGCAUCAUAAGCCGACAAAAGAAGGAAUGUUCGUUGAAGGGCCGUUCUAGCCUAGAAAAGUCGAAACAAUCCCUGCUAGAGGAGGAAAUUUAUGUGCUACAAGGCGUGGUGCACGACAUAUUUCUGCACUGCAAUAAUGUCACCCGAUCGAGUAAGAAUCUAUACCUGAACUUCCGCCCGGCCGAUACCCGACUCGACUCGAAAGGUCUGUACAACUACACGCUGAAUGUGCUGAAGGAAAUGUUGCCCCAAGUGGACUGGGAGACCGUGCUGAUCCAUACUUUCUACUAUGAUGACGGAAUUGCGUUCGAAGUUAAGACGCUGAUCGAUAAAUUGAAGGUACUGCAGAUGUCAAAGAACUUCAAUCAGUUUACCGUUAGUGACAUGGAUGACUUGGACGGAUCGUCUAAUCCGGAUAAUGAAAUCGAAUUGUAUGAUGCUUAGAGAAGGGUUGUACUUUCUAUUUGAACGAAGAUCACAGUCCAAUAUGUUUGUAAGUUUCGAACGCCAUGUCUGCUAGAUGGACGAUACUAUAGUUAGGGUUUUUAUAAUUAUUAAUAAACAUCUUUGAGUUGAAAAUAAA